AUGACCUACAGGGGUGGUCGAGGUGAUGGUCCGACUGUUGUCGCCAGACACAACAGGGAGCCGACCGCGGCCGUACACGGUGCCUGGAUGGGAUCAGGAGAAUCGGUGCCGACGGCGCCGGCCGGGGCGACGGUGCCAGACAUCUGCCCCGCUUACAACUCAGCAGCGGCCUACUGCACCAGCGACAGCUGCCUGAGUCUGCACAUCUGCCAGGGCUUCGUCAUCGGAAACUGUCUCUACGGCGAGAGGUGCAGUCGCACCCACCAACUGACCACUGUGCAUAACCAGCUGGUGCUGAAGAAAGGCGCGAAGAAGGCCGCGGCCGUCGAGUGCCCGGAGGGUGCCACUGGCGGAGAGGAGCCACCGUCAGCGCCGCAGCGGGCCGGCGCCGGCGCCCCGGUCAGCCUGACCUGCGCGGUGUGCCACGAGUUGUUCGUGCGCGCCACCACGCUCGGGUGCACGCACACCUUCUGCGAGGGCUGCGUGCGCGACGUGCAGCGCCAGAGGCAGCCGUGCCCGCUGUGCCGCGCGCCGAUCGCCACCGCCGUCCGCUCGCUGGUCAUCGACGACACGGUGGCCGAGUGGUUCGACGGACAGGACGAGGAGACGCGCCGCGCCCGGCGACAGCUGGAGGCCGAGCGACGCCGCCAAACCUAGCUGCGCGGCUCGACCAGCCGCCCAGCAGCCGCUGGAGACGACUGCACAGCCACCGGCAGCCGGCAGCCGCACCCUUCGAGAAAGCUUACUUAUGUCUAUGUGGCACACUAUGUCUCACUCCAAAAGCGGAUCAUGUUUCUCGAUAUUUCCGAAGUGGAAGAAAUGGACAACAAUGCGAACAAUAGGC